AUGUACACUUCUGUUGCAUUAAAAGCACGCAGUCAAGGACUCCCGGACUGCGGUCCCAAGUGCAGCGCGGUCCCGGGCGGAGCGUGCGCGCGCGGCGCCAUGGCGGCGGGAGCGGGGCCGCGCGGCGCGGGGCGCACCGCGCCCGCCCCGCCGCCGGCGGCCCCGGACGGCGCCCAGGGAGUGAGCGCCCUGCAGACGCUGCCGAUCGACGUGCAGCUGAACAUCAUGUCCUUCCUCUCGCCCCAAGAUUUGUGCCGCCUAGGAAGCACGAGUUGCUACUGGAGGGCAGCUGUGCAAGACCCGUUGUUAUGGAGGUAUUUUCUCCUGCGGGAUCUCCCCUCUUGGACAUCUAUUGAUUGGAAAUCACUUCCAGAUGAAGAGAUUUUUAAUAAAGCCUUUUCAGAGGUCAGCGACAAUGCACUGUAUGAUUACAUGGCAGUAUAUAAAAGGAGCUGUCCUCAGGGUAGAAGAAGUUUGAAAUCCAGCCGUCCCCAGUAUGGGACUGUGACUUCCUUUUUGCAAGCACUGGUCACUCAGGCAGAACCUCGCUUUGCUAUGUUUGGGCCAGGUUUGGAACAGCUGGACAACUCUUUAGUACAAAAGAUGAUGACAUGCCCAGAAAUUCUGCUGGUAGCUGGCCUACCUCAUAGACAAAUUCAUGGAAUUGGAUCAGGAGUCAGUUUUCAGUUUAACAACAAUCAAAAAUUCAAUAUUGUGACAUUGUAUUCCACCACAAGUGUGGAAAGGAGGAGAGCAAGGGAGGAGCAAGCUGUUGCUGUGAAUAAGAUGUUUUACCAAGAGAAUAGCACAGAAGGGAACCAGCAAGCCAUGCACUACAGUGUCAUAGCUCAAGUGAGGAAGGUGUGCGAAGUAGUUGAUGGAUUCAUUUAUGUUGCUAAUGCAGAAGCUCACAGAGAACAUGAUCGUCAGGAGGAGCUGGCUCGUAUUUUGGCAAUGGUUGAUCCAGCCCUCGGGCCUCCAAACAGACCUCUGCUGGUUUUGUCCUGUGUGUCUCACACUGGUGUGAAAAGAAUUCCAUGUGUUUACGUGGCACAUCAGUUGCAACUAAAUCUGCUACAUCAGCCCUGGAUGAUGCAGGACACUGUAGCUGCAACUUUAGAUGGAUUGCUAAAUGGAAUUGAGUGGCUCUUGGAAGAAGCAAAUUAUAAAAGUGCUCAGUAGUUGCACUGUAUAAACCUUUUGGUGUUUUCCAUUUCAAUUGAAGUAAGAAUCUUGACCUUCCUGCCAGACUACUGUCAGAAGGGAAAACUGAUAAGGCAAACCUGCAUAUAUUUCACUGCACAUACUCAAAUUCUUAACAUUUUUCCAACUAUAGUCCUGAAUUAGAAGUACAAGUGGGAUUGCCUCGAUUCUAGCUGCGAUAAAGAAGUGAUUUGGAGGGACAAUCUGAGUGUUUUGUUGGUUUUCUCUCCUUUCAACCAGAGGCCUUUAGAGUACAAUCUUUUCCAGUAGAUCUGAUGGUCUAAUAUAUUCUGUAAAUAAAUAUGUAACUACGUUAGUGUAUCAGCACAGCUGUAUCACACAUUUAGCAAACAUAUUCAGGGGAGAUCUUUACAGUGACACUUCCUGACCAAAGAAAACAUACUGUAGGCUGUACAGUAGGAGGCUGACAGAAAGACAGUACAGAAAAGUGAGUUCCCCUGUAUUUUUCUAGAAAAAAUGCCUAGAUAAAAAAUAGUGGGGGGAAUUUUCAGCCUAGACCAAAAUUCUUAGAAGCAAACAAACACUUCUGCAUAUGAAUUGUUGUUUCUUUAGCUUUCUGUUGCACUGAAAUCAUUAGCUUGAACUGGAUAUGCCUCUGAUUCCAUGAAGAAAUGUUAAAUAGGAUCAUUCAGGACUUUAUUGCACACAUAAACUAUCAAGUUUCCCAAAUAGUUGUGGCCAUUUGCAGAUGUGAAUUAUACUUGUCUUGAAAUUUUCUACACAGUUGCACAUAGUUUUAUGAAAAGCAAAGCAACAUUUUAAAGCUGGAAUUGUGUUCUCCAUAUUGAUGUCUUUCAGGUUGUCUUUUCAUGUUUUUAUUAUUGGGUGAAUGUUCAGAAACUUCACUUGGAUUUCUUGCUGGAGCAUUUAUUUGCUUUAUUCUGGACUUUUUUUUUCUUUUCUCCUAUCAUCAGAGAAAUUCAGGUAUCUCACUACAUUUUCUUGGUACCUAGAUAAAUGAUUGCAUAGCACACAUACAGCUGUAACUGCCCUCCGUGUGGGAUACUCGAGUGAUGAUCAACACAGCCAUGUCAGAAACAUUCCCUUUGAGAAGAUGUUUGGGAUUUUUUAAUGAACUAGAAAGCAUCUCCUUUUUUUUCAUCUUCAUGCACAGUUAAUCCAUUUUCCCAGAUUUUUUGGUAUGUUCUAAUCAGGGACACAUGGGAGUUUCAAGGGAAAAUCCAAAGGAACAUUACAACGAAAAUUCGGUGGUUUAUCCUUUCUUUUUUUCUUUAUUUUUUUUUUUUUUUCAAUAGUGUAUGUUUGCCCUUUAAAACAGAGCAGACACAACCGAUUUAUGAGUGUUUGGGAUAAAAUUCCGUGCUUUGUGACUGGGUGUAUGUGAUUUUCCUCCUAAUCACAUUAAUUUCCUAGUGGUCUAUACGCAGGGGAUUGAAUGCAGCAACCUGAUUCUGUGUAAGCUACUACGAAUAAGGAGGGGUUAUGGAAGAUCCUCUUUCUACAUUCUU